AUGCCGGAAGAAGAUCCUGAAUCAGAUUCGUUCGAAGAUGAAGAACCUUCAAGGUUUAGGGAAACACUUGAGAAAUUUGGGAAAUUUUGUUUCAAGUGUUUAGAAACUAUAGGGAUAACGUUAAGCUCAGUCGCUGUGCUAGGGCUUUCAGGUUUUCUCUAUCAUCGGUUUUAUAAUUCCCAUGUUUUAGAUAAAAUGGACAAGGCAUUUCAAAAAGGUGACCCCGCGUAUCAGCUUGCAAUCCACAAUAAGACUAACAAAGCAUCUAAUACUGAGCUGGAACAUACCGAUGAAGAUCUAGCAAGAUAUUGGGUCGAAAGGCCGCAGCAGAAGCUUCUUGAUGAUAUCGUUAGUGGAAAAAUCAAAGGCAGAUAUUUCCUAGUAGUUGGAGAAAAAGGUACGGGUAAGACCACUCUUAUCAUGGAAGCAAUGAAGAAGACUGAUGGCAACAACGUUGCUAUUUUUGAUGCACACGCAGACCCGGAAAUCUUCCGUAUAAGACUAGGUAAGGCCCUCAACUUCGCUUUCAAUGAAGACUAUAUUGGCUCGCUUUUUAGCAUCCGGGGUCCAAGAGACACUACUGCGUUACUUGACAUCGAGAGAGCUUUCAAUAAGCUCGAAGAACUCGCAAUUAAGCGUCGGAUCCUCGGUAAAAGUGAGAAGCCGUUAAUUGUUAUCAUUAACAACUCCCAUCUUAUCAAAGAAAACGAAGAAGGAGUGAAGCUUCUCGAACUUUUACAGCAGAAGGCCGAAAGUUUGUCCGGUAGCGAAUUAGCUACCAUCAUAUUCAAUAGUGAUGACUACUGGGUGUACGAAAAACUCAAAAAAUUAGGAACCAGACUCGAGCUCGUCAAUGUUCGCGAUUUGAAUAGGAAGGAAACCGUCAGUGUGCUUAAAUUUAUUCGAAGCAAAAACUUCCCUGCCGCUCAAAAUCCAGAUCUUGGCUUGGGAGAUGACAUAUGCAAUAAAGUUUAUGAUCUUAUUGGCGGGCGGCCGCAGCAUAUCAGUCAGGUCUCAAGACAUCGAGACGUUAUCAAGGCAUGCCAUGAGAUUAUCGAUCGCGAGAAAACUUGGUUUUUGAAUCAAUGUGGUCUUCUCGGUGAAGAUAUGGAUGACGAUGUGAUGGAGUCAGGUAAAUUCUCGCUGAGCGCAAUGUUACUCAUGCGAGAAUUUGUAAAAAUGGACCGCGAGCGAAUGAAUUCGUUGAUCUCGGAGGAUUCACCUGAUAUCAAGGAUAUGUGCAAAGACCAUCACUUGCCAGAAUUACCUUUGUGGAGAUCACGUCAAAUAAUGACCCGAGCUGACUAUAUUCAACAAUACGACAAUUUGAAUAUUUUCACCGUCGAUUCUGACUCGCGCGUGAGAGCCGAUUCUGUUCCUAUGAUGAGGGCAUUUCAUGAAAUUGCUUCCCAGCCUAACUUCGAUAUUCUUCUAGAUGAAACCGUUGAGCGGGUCGCAGCUAUUGAGUCAUUGGGCAGAACUAGAGAGCUUGUACUAAAAGACUUAGUCGAGGGCUCUGUGUACGAUGUUUCGUCAAGAAAUGGAAAAUUUGUAAUGACAAUCUCGAAGGAUAAAAAUUGUGACGAGGACGACAUGGACCUUCUCAUGGAAGAAUUGAGUGCAUCAGAUCAUAAAAAAAAGUGGUGGAAGAAAAGAAUGGGUCGUUUUGAAGAAUCAUACCUUCCUACAAAUGAAGAGCAGCAGCUGUAA